AUGUGUAAUAGUAGUGGUCAACCGUCAACUGACGUUGACCAAGAUCAAACUCAGCAGGAAAAUUGUCAAAUGAAAAAAAUUCCAAUUUAUUUGAAUGAAGAAAGUAUGACGAAAUACUCAAUGAGAUGGUCGCAACUAUUUAUGUCCAAUGUAGAAGCCUCCAGGUUAAUUGAAUUCUGUCUCAUGAGAUCUACAUUGGAGCGAAGCUUCACUAGAAUCAAUGCUGAGAGACUCUUACUUCUAUCAGCGUUGAAACGAAGUAUGCUACUAAAGGAAAUAGUGAGAGAUGGUAAAAGACGCACUGGAGCUUUACCAAAGAACGGAUGCUUGGAAAUAUCCAAUCUCAGAAUGCCACUUAUUUACUCGUCUCGUGUACAUCGAGAGAUUGAACGAUUUUAUCUAGUAACUUUUCAAUACGAGGAUCAAUUACUAUCAAGUGAAGUACUUCAAGCAAAUAGUCAUUCAUAUUUGGAAGUCGAAGAAACAUUCGUUUUCAGGGAUCUAUCUCCUGAUUUUAUUAUAGAUGUUUCGAUAUAUUCCAUGCAUGUGAAAAGGAGGCCUACAUCUAUCUGGGAUAGUUCGAUGUGUCUCCCCUUUAAAUAUGUUAAGAGUUUAUUCACUAGAACAAUUACAUAUCCACCAUUCUGGAUAGACACAAGGGAACCAAGUUUCAAAAUUCACGGAAAAUGUGAAUUGACUCUGUCGAAAAUUAGCUCCAGUCCAUUCACGAAACUGCCCAAAUCCAGGAGCAAAACUCCUAAUCUGGAAAAUCAUAUUCGAGACGAGAGGGCUUGUUGAACUUGAUUUAUCAGAGCUAUUCCGUGGAUAUUGUCUCAACAAUUUGGAAAUAUUGACAAAACCAGACUAUAUUCCUACAGAUGCGGACACAGCUGAAAAGCUACGACGUACGGAAUUACGAAAUUUGUUAUUUCCAUUAAUAAUAUACCUACCACUUUUGUGUGUUGAUAUUGCAGACCGUAUCAAAUGGGCAUACUUUUUCAUAUCUCGUCUCGAAUAGUUUGACCAGAUUUUAUAAGAAGAUCACAAGUACUUCAGAUGGAAAUUCAUCGAUGAAAAAUUCUAUUUCCACUUUUUAAAAUGUAUAUAUUGUAUAAAUAGCAAUUCUUUCACAUUUUUAAUAUUUUGAAAUUCUACAUGUAUAAAAUAAGAGUUAUGGCUUAACAUUCCUAAUAAAUAAAUAAUUGUAAUGUAUAAAUUGUAUAAAUAGCAAUUCUUUCACAUUUU